UUUUUAGUAGGGAACCUAUAAAGGCAAAAAGAACAUGGAAAGCUCAAUGGAACUAGAUGGAAGUGUGUCAGGCUGUAGGGUGAACCAACAUUUAGGUGACAAUGUUGCUCCAUGGAAUAUUUGUUAAUGAACAAUAUAUGGUUGCCAUAUUUGAAACCAAGGAAGCCAUUUUUCUUAUAGCCAUAAAUCUGGAUGUUCUGUAUAUAUUUCACUGCUUUAUCACUAAAGGAUUAUUCCUUUAAUCAGCCUUCCUUGACUGAUUCUCUGAUUGAAUUUGCACGGCAAAUGAUCAAACCUUAGCCUUCCACCAAGGCUGCCAUAUUCUUUCUCAGGUGGGUUGAGCUUAGGGAGGAGCAGCACAGACUGGCUAUUGGCUGGGAAUGGUAUAGGGAAUGUUAUAGCGCAGUGACAACCACAAGGGGCGCUGUAGACAAGCUGUUUCCAUAUAACUGGUAACGCGUUUGUCAUUGUAUCGCGGAAAUAUAGCCCCUGUGUUUAUAUUUGGAAGGGGGCGUGUCCAUCCAAUCGCUGUCAUGUGCACUCCAGUCGAUGAGGGGCGCUCUAUUUGUUUUCCAACAUUGCAGAGCUCCUCCUAUCCGCACGGGGCGCUGCUGGCACCUCGGAAUGGGCUCCCUGCCGCACGGCGGCGUUGUUGUGUAACGCGUAGAGCCCGCGGGUGCUUCCGAGGCCUUUAUCCGAGCGUUUGUUCAUCUUGCUCGCACUCCGCUUAGUGUCUCGGGCAGCCAAUGGCGGUCCCGGUUUCCCCGGUGGGGAAGAGGCUUCGGUUUCUAUUUGACGAAUCGGCCUCUGGGCGGGAGGGGGCAACCACUGAACCGUCCACUCCGCUGGGGAAGCGGGCCUGGCAGGGCGGGACGGUGCGGGGCCUGAAAGGAGCGGUGCCCGAAGAGCUAGCGAUUUAUGUGGAGUUUGAUGAGAAAAGUUACAAGUCAAAUUCUUGGGUGCAGGUUCAUGGGGAGGAUGUGUUGGUGAUCCUGAUAGAAGGAGCUUUGGUUUGGUCUCCAAGAAAAGAGCCUAUGUUUAUCCAAGGAAGCAAAUUAUGUCCAACUCAUUGGCCAGCUUUAACCUUUACUCCACUGGUGGACAAGUUGGGCUUAGGGACUUUAAUUCCAAUAGAAUUUCUUUUGGAAGAGGUUCUGCAUUUCCUACCAGAUGCCAGCUCUCUGAAACUUUAUCAGCAAAUGGGAGCAGACAGUCAUAAACUGGUUUUGAAAGAGCAGCCUUUGUUAAAGGAUGCAGUGACUUCUGUGAUCAAUUCAAGGAAAACACAAGAUCUCAUUUUAAGAGGUAUUUGCAGUAUUCAAGGCCAGGAAGUUAAGGUUUAUCAACCAGAUACAGAAGUGCCAUGGUCUUGUGGAGUUGUGACCCAUCAGGAUCUUAUUACACGCAUGAUAAAUGUAUCAAUGAAUGAGGGAAAUGAGAUCAAGUCUAUUGAUCCAAAAUUAAUUCAUGUGGUGCUUACUGACGACACUUUAAUACAACCUGAGGAGGCUACAAAAGCAGGUAAAGCAUCUAAAUCAAAGAAAAAAAAGGAGAAUACAGAUGCUCGCAGAAGAAAAUUACCUUCAGAUGCUGAAAAUGAUUCUGCUGGAAAAAAGCAGAAAGGCGAUAAGAAAGAUGUGGACAGUAAUGGAAAUGAUGGCAGUGAAGCUAAUAGAGGAGUUUGGAAAGCAGGCAGCACUGGAGAAGCUACACCAGAUUCAAGAUCUAAGCAAAUGUUACACUUUGUUCCUCAAAUUAAUCGCAAUAUCCGAUUUGCAACCUACACCAAAGAGAAUGGACGCACAUUAGUGGUUCAAGAUCAGCCUGUAAAUGAUGGAACCUCAUUAGCUUUUCCAACUUUUUCUGGAAUGACUAAAGGUAUAUUGUCUGGUGAAAGUGUUGGGAACUCUGAGAGUGUAACUUCGAGUGGUACUACUCCUACCACAGUACGAAUCUCUGAUACUAGUCUCUCUGCUUUGACUGGAGAAGAAAAGAAGCCAAACUGGUCCCUUGGAGAGAACCUCAGAAAAUCACUGCUGACCAAGAGUGGAUUUGGCCCAUCACUCUCUCAGCCAUUAUUUGGGACUGAUAAAAACCUAUCUAAUGGUGCACUUCAAGAGAACAAAGCUACUGGGUUUCAGUUUGGUGCAAAUAGUAUUCAGGAGCCUCCUAAGGAAACAGAUUUAUCAAAAAAUCUAUUUUUUCAGUGUAUGUCACAAAAUAUCUCCCCAAGUACCUAUUUUACUUCCAUAUCAGAGAGUGCUACUAGUGCUCCAGAAGAGCAACCUAACAAAGAACUUCCAAAGCAAAAUAAGGAGGGACUGGCUUCUGGUUUCGGAAAACUUAAACCCCCAGUGACACUGGAAAGUAAAGCAAAUUCAAAGAUGUCCUUUUCUGAAUCAAUGCCAAAACUAACACCUGCCUUCCCUGGGAAAGUUGUAAGUGCACGACCUGCAGAGACUCAUGAAAAUCUGUUUCUUCAGCCCCCAAAACUUUCAAGGGAAGAACCUUCAAAUCCCUUCUUGGCUUUUUCAGAGAAAAAAGACAUUUCACCAUUUGGCUUUUCUUCUCAAACACCUCAAAGUUCCUUUUCUAGUGCUCUCCCUUCUGCUUGGACAGAACCACGCAAGUUAGAUGACUCAGGGGCUUUGAAGAAAUCUUUGUUUCUUUCUGUGGAAUCUCCAAAAAGAUUGCCUGUUUCUCCUGGUUCAUCAAUCAGUGAAACUGUACAAAGUUCUGCCUUUCUUGGAAAUGGGCGUUCCAGCUCACCAGCAAACAGCUUAAGUCAGCCUAUUGAAAUGCCUACAUUGUCAUCUAGCCCUACUGAGGAUAAGCCUGCAAUUGGAUCUGGACAGAUAGACAAUCCGUUAUUAAGAACCUUUACAGUACUCUCAAGUAGGCUCCAACCUGGUGUCCACUGCUCCUCAGAUUACCCUCAAGAAAACAAAGCAGCUUUUGAAUCUGUUAACAGAUUUACCCUAGAUGAACGAAGUAGGACAUCAAAACAAGAUUCUGACUCCAGCACCAACAGUGAUUUAAGUGAUCUAAGUGAUUCUGAGGAGCAGCUGAAUUCAAAGAUUGGCUAUAGAGGAAUACCGGAACAUCUGGUUGGAAGAUUAGGGCAUAAUGGAGAACGUAACGUUGAUUUGUUAAUGGCAAAAGGUAGAGGAAAACAGCCUUCAAAAGGCAGACCAAGAACAGCUCCGCUAAAGGUUGGUCAAUCCGUUUUGAAAGACAUGAGCAAAGUAAGAAAGUUAAAACAGUCUGGAGAGCCUUUUCUUCAAGAUGGGUCUUGUAUUAAUGUUGCGCCACAUUUGCACAAGUGCCGUGAAUGCAGGCUAGAAAGAUACCGCAAGUUCAAAGAGCAGGAUCAGGACGAUUCAACUGUAGCUUGUCGAUUCUUUCAUUUUCGCAGGCUGGCUUUUACCAGGAAAGGUAUUCUUCGUGUUGAGGGCUUCUUAAGUCCCCAGCAAAGUGAUGCUGAAGCAAUGCGCCUCUGGGUUCCUAUUUCUGUUCCAGCGGACGGCAUUGAUUUGGAGACCUCAAAAUAUAUUCUAGCUAAUGUUGGAGAUCAGUUUUGCCAGUUGGUCAUGUCUGAAAAAGAAGCCAUGAUGAUGGUGGAACCCCAGCAAAAGGUAGCAUGGAAGAGAGCUGUACGUGGUGUCAGGGAGAUGUGUGAUGUAUGUGAGACGACACUCUUCAACAUUCACUGGGUUUGUCGCAAGUGUGGCUUUGGCGUAUGUCUUGAUUGUUAUCGGCUCCGAAAAAAUCGACCUCGCAGAGAAGAUGAAAUUGGUGAUGAAGAAGUCUUUGCGUGGCUAAAAUGUGCGAAAGGACAACCUCACGAACCAGAGAAUCUUAUGCCUACCCAGAUUAUUCCAGGCACUGCUCUUUACAACAUUGGGGAUAUGGUCCAUGCAGCACGAGGGAAAUGGGGCAUUAAAGCCAAUUGUCCAUGUAUUAACAGACAGAAUAAAUCUGUAUUAAGGCCAGCAGUCACAAAUGGAAUGUCUCAGCUGCCUAAUGCUAAUAAUGCUGCUGCUGAUACAACUACUACCGCAGAUGAGGGGAUUGAAAAUAAAUCAGACCAGCCUUUAAAGAAAGAGGAAACAGAAAAUGAGGCAUCGUCCAAUAAUGAUAUCGAUAUUGCUGCAAAUAGCAGCACGGAUAGCAAAAACAGCCGUCCUCAAUGCCCGGAAUCUACUCCUUCCUCUGCCUUACAUUGGCUAGCAGACCUUGCAGCCCAGAAAGCAAAAGAAGAGACAAAAGACAAUGGAACACCACAAUCAACACCCAGCAAAGAGUCAAGUCCACCUUCUGGACUGGACCCAUUAAAUGCAAAUGUUAAGACUUCAUCUCCAAAACUUUUUAAUAGCCUGUUAUUGGGACCAGCUGCUUCAAAUACUAAGACAGAAGGCUCCAGUCUUAGAGAUCUGCUCCAUUCUGGCCAAGGAAAACUUUCUCAAGGAAAUAUGGAAGCAGGAAUUCCAUUCCCACCUGUCUUUUCCACAAGUUCAGCAAAGGGGAAAACAAGUUUACCAAAUUUCCUUGAUCACAUUAUUGCUUCUGUGGUCGAAAAUAAAAAGACUUCAGAUGCCGCUAAAAGAGCCAGUAGCUCAACGGAAGCUCUGAGAGAGGGAAAGGAAAUGGUCAUGGGAUUAAAUGUCUUUGAUCCACACACUUCACAUUCUUGGCUCUGUGAUGGAAGGCUGCUGUGCCUUCAUGAUCCAAGCAACAAGAAUAAUUGGAAGAUAUUCAGGGAGUGUUGGAAACAGGGUCAGCCUGUACUUGUUUCUGGAGUACAGAAAAAGCUAAAGUCUGAACUUUGGAAACCUGAAGCUUUUAGCGUUGAGUUUGGAGACCAAGAUGUGGAUUUGGUGAACUGUAGAAAUUGUGCUAUCAUUUCUGAUGUGAAAGUUCGUGAUUUUUGGGAUGGCUUUGCAGUCAUUGAAAAGAGGUUAAGAGCAGAAGAUGGAAGUCCAAUGGUCCUCAAGCUAAAAGACUGGCCACCUGGAGAAGACUUUCGGGAUAUGAUGCCCACUCGAUUUCAAGACUUGAUGGAUAAUCUUCCACUACCAGAAUACACAAAGAGAGACGGCAGGCUCAAUUUGGCUUCAAGAUUGCCUAGUUAUUUUGUACGACCAGAUUUAGGGCCUAAAAUGUACAAUGCUUAUGGUUUAAUUACUGCUGAAGACCGGCGCGUAGGUACUACUAACCUACAUUUGGAUGUGUCUGAUGCAGUUAAUGUUAUGGUAUAUGUGGGGAUUCCAGUAGGGGAAAGCAGUCAAAAUGAAGAGGUUUUAAGAACGAUUGAGGAGGGUGAUGCUGAUGAAGUAACAAAAAAACGUAUUCAUGAUGGAAAGGAGAAGCCUGGUGCUUUGUGGCAUAUUUAUGCUGCAAAGGACGCAGAGAAGAUUAGAGAGCUACUCCGCAAGGUAGGUGAUGAGCAAGGACAAGAAAACCCUCCAGACCAUGAUCCAAUCCAUGACCAAAGCUGGUAUUUAGACCAGGUACUGCGUAAGCGGCUGUAUGAUGAAUAUGGUGUACAAGGCUGGGCUAUUGUACAGUUCUUGGGAGAUGCUGUGUUCAUUCCAGCUGGUGCACCCCAUCAGGUGCACAAUUUGUACAGUUGUAUAAAGGUAGCAGAGGACUUUGUUUCUCCAGAACAUGUAAAGCAUUGCUUCCGCCUGACGCAGGAAUUCAGGCAUUUGUCAAACACUCACACGAACCAUGAGGAUAAAUUACAGGUGAAGAAUAUUAUUUACCAUGCUGUAAAGGAUGCUGUUGGAACACUAAAGGCUUUUGAGUGUAGAUUGGUCAGAACAUAAACACUGGGAUUUUUUUUGGUUUUGUUUUUUGCUUGGAGAAUUUUGCGCCGCAAGCAAUUUUCACAAUUCGGACUUGUUACUUGCUUCCGUUAGAGGCAGCCCCUGGGACACUGUGUGGCAUUUAUUCAAUCAAGCCGCGAUUUUCUAUACAGCCUCAUAUCAGAAGAACUAGUGACAUGUUCCACUUAUGCACUUAAACGAAAAGAAAAGGCAUUUUUUUAAUGUUGCCUUGUUAUCUAACUACAUUAGCACUGGGGAAUUGUGCUUCUCUUGUGAUACAGAACUAGACUAUAGAAGAGCACACGUUCUGCACUUCUCAUGCUUUAUUUUUCAGUCUUUGAAGACUUCCCAAAAAAAACAAAAAACCAGUGGACUAACCUUGUUUUCCAAUGAUCACACCCAACUAAUGCAAAGAAAAAUGUAUUCUUUGUUCCUGUAGUUAUCUGCCAUACAGACCAGGUGACAGUACCAAACUAGUUGCAGUGUAGUUUAAUGUGCUAUCGUUCUGACUGCAACGGGGGAGGCUUGAUGCUUUUCCUGGGGUUGCUGAAGGGUUGUAACUUUGUGCAUUUAUUCAGAUAAAUAGGUUUGUAGUGAAACAGUUACAAGUUCAUGGGUUUAGACACUUUUAGAACUUUUGGAAUACCACAGCUGUUUUCUUGCAUUAGACAAAAAGGCACAUUGCAUUUAGUCUUCCUUUCAGCUUCAUUUUUCUCUGUAGAUGAAAUCAUGGAAUGAGUGUAGGUAAUGGGGAAAGAAUCCUAGAUUCUUAAAACUGAACAAGGUCUUCAUGUCGAAAGAAUAAGCCAUUAUUCGGCAACGUGCUAGAACCAUGGCAUUAAAGGUGUGUAAACAGCAGCAGCCUGCAGAAUAUAGGUUUCAAACAUUUUACAUGUCAUUUUUUAGAUUCUACCCAUAAAUAAAAAGGGAUAUUUGUUAUCUGUAUCAGUUGGUUAAUGAAUUCCAGUAUCAUCAUUUCAAAUUCCAGUGCUCUUCAGAAUAUGGUCGGAGAGUGGUUCUUCACCUUUAACCUCUGCGCCUAUACUUUAGUGCCACUUGCAGGUCUGUUUUAUAUGUUCAGUUAUUCACAUUUUUAAGUCAUUUACUGUAGAAUACAUCUCAUUUUAUUUUCUGUAUUUUAAGUUUGUGAAGGGCUGACUAGGGUUUCCAUGUUCUUAUUAAAGUACAUUAAAUCAU